CCGCGUUUGACUUUGGUCGACAGGGUCCCCAAUUGACUCGAAUCAACCGCUCACAACACCCACCCUGUCAGCAUGUCGACGGAAGGGCGAAAGGCGUCCUUGGCCGAGCGAUGUCGGACCUCUUCUCUUCUUGGCCCUGACGACGCGCAGCCGGUCUGAAGCCAGCCAGAGAGAGCUCAUCGGCACAGUGUUGGCUGCGCUGGUCACGCAUUGUCGAACGAAAGGCCUUCCCACAGCUUCGGACCGCGCGCAGCAAAGCCGCAAUGGGGCGUCCCCAACGUCGACGGUCGACCGACUGGAGCCGUGCCCGGCCGACAGACGGCUUGUGGUGGGUCAACCAACCAACCAACCCACACUGCGACGCUGCGUUGCUAUUGCUGGCUGCACAUUUGGCCCUGCGGCGGCGUGCGGGCAUGUACCUGCCGCUCCAUUGACCAUUGACUAAUCCCCGACGAAUGGGCGGCCGAGGCUUGACCUCUUGUUUCGUCACAGAUUUUUUUUCUUCGAUGCCCCCUCCCCUGAGAGUGCUUGCUGAGCUUCAGACGCAGAACGCAGCGUACAGGCAUCGUUGGAUGGGAUGGAUGGUCCUCGGCUGUAGCGGGUAGUUGUGGGAUUGUCCUUUUCCACCCCCCCUUCCUCUUUGUAUUUUUUCGCCAUCAUCCUCGGCUCGCCUCUUCCUUAUCUCUGGACAAUAGCUGGCUGGCUGGCUGGCUGGCUGGCUGGUCCGAGGUGGCUGGUGGGGACUUUGGAGGAAGAAAAAUCCUUUGUUGGACCCCGAGAACAGGUUUCGAUUCGAUCAUGGCUGAAGCACCGGCAGGAGGGAGAGACAAUCACGGCGUGAGAUGAGAUGAGAUGUGAGAGAAAAUUCCAUCCCAAAUCUGCUGCCACGCCGCCUCAGAAGUGCUCACGCGAUGACGGAUCCCCGGCCGGGAUCCACUCGACAAGUGCUCGGGCUCGGCACUGGCAUCUGCCACGAUAAAUGAAUGAAUGGAUUGCCCUUGGAUCUUGGGACACGCUCAACGGCGGCACGCAUUCCUUGCUCCCCUCACUUGGGGUGUCAGCUGGGGAUCACGGGAAUUGGAAGACGGUGAGGCAAACAUUCCGGAGCGUUAACAGCGUUUGAGUCACUUUGCCGGAUGUGGAACACGAAACCCGGACUACGAGAACCAUUUUUCGUGCUAGGUAUCGGUUGGAAUGAAUCGACCAUGACCUACCGAGUUGGUAGAGUAGGUACAUGGAAUCUGUGUCAUUCAUCUCUUAAUUCUACGUCCACUUCCCUUCUUUUACACGCCGUCUAGACUACUAAGCGUCUUGGUGUCCUUCGCGCCCUUCGCAACCCCAUGCACAUCCAUGUUCCAUGCACGCACUGCACAGACAGGCCUGGUUCUCCAUCAUGUUCCCUGCUAUCUGAAAACGCCCUUUUCCAUGUACGGACCCGCUGCCCCUCUGCAUUGGCCCUUGAGUCACCUGCUCCAUCUGUCACUAGAACCUUGAGCCAAGCCAAGCGUGAGCGGCGAGCCCAAGGAGCCAGGAGGACCCGUUGUACUUCGUACUUAAGCUCUCUCGCCUUCAUUCCUCCUACAACCGUGCCUUUGUCCUCUUCUUCUUCUCCCAUAUUAAGUCAAAACUCGUCCACCCUUCUUCUCUUACGCAUUACACACACAUACACACAUUAAGAAUUGCCCCAAACAUUGCCGCCCCUCCGUCCCCGAGAUAUCCAAGACAUAUAUCUACCUCGCACCGGCGCAUUUACCACACACCCAACACCACCACCUCGAACCUCCCAUACACAUAAACCGCAAUGGCUCCCGGCACAAUCUCUCCCGGCCUCCACCAUGGCAACCAGGAUGUCGACCUGACUUCCUCCGCCAUUGAGCACAAGCUCGACGCCAUUCCCAAUGGCAAGGCCACCAACGGCUCCGCCAACGGCAGCAAGUCCGUCUACCAGGAACUUGACGCCUCCAAGCUCACCUACACCCGCACCCAGAACCCCCGCCAAGUGCCCGACCUGGCCAGCGCCAACGCCGGCUCCGAGACCAUCGCCACCGAUCACAUGAUCGCCGCAACCUGGAAGGCCGGCGCCGGCUGGUCCACCCCCGAGCUCAAGCCCUAUGGCCCCAUUUCCCUCAUGCCCACCGCCUCCGUCCUGCACUACGCCACCGAGUGCUUCGAGGGUCUCAAGGUCUUCCGCGGCUUCGACGGCGCCCUCCGCCUCUUCCGCCCCGACCGCAACUGUGAGCGCAUGCUCAUGUCCUCCACCCGCAUCGCCCUGCCCGGCUUCCCUCCCGCCGAGCUCGAGAAGCUCAUCAUCGCCCUCAUGGCCGUCGAUGGCCCCAAGUGGCUUCCCCGCGACCGCCCCGGCUCUUUCCUCUACCUUCGUCCCACCAUGAUCGGAACCCAGCCCCAGCUCGGCGUCCAGGCCCCCUCCGAGGCCAUGCUCUACAUCAUCUGCACUUUCAUGCCCGUCAUGGACUCCCCCGCCGGCGGCAUGAAGCUCCACACGAGCCCCGAGGAUAUGGUCCGCGCCUGGGUUGGUGGUUUCGGCUACGCCAAGGUCGGUGCCAACUACGGCCCCUCCCUGCUCGCCACCGUCGAGGCCCGCAGCCGCGGUUUCGGCCAGAUCCUCUGGCUCUACGGAAAGGAGCAGUACUGCACCGAGGCCGGUGCCAGCAACUUCUUCGUCGUGUGGAAGAACAAGGAGACCGGCAAGACGGAGCUCAUCACCGCUCCCCUCGACGACCGGUUGAUCCUGGACGGCGUCACCAGACGCAGCGUUCUGCAGCUCGCCCGCGAGCGUCUCGGCGACGACGUCGACAUCGUUGAGCGAAGGUACACCAUUGACGAGGUCAUUGAGGCCCACGACGAGGGUCGCAUUGUCGAGUCCUUCGCAGCCGGUACUGCUUUCUUCAUCUGCCCCAUCUCCCUCAUCCACCACCGCGGCAAGGAUGUCAACAUGGGCAUGGGCGGCGACGGCCAGGGCGGCGAGUACACGCUCAAGAUCAAGCAGUGGAUCAGGGACAUCAUGUACGGCGGUGAGCAGCACGAGUGGGGGGUCGUCGUCCAGGAGGAGCAGUAGGGCCCUACUUGUUGAUGCACAGAGACGGGAGAGACAAAAAAAAAAAGUAAAAAGGGGAGACGGGACGAUAGAAAAGACUUGGGAAGAAGGGACACAUACGUGUCCUUGACCCGGGGGAGCUCGAAUGGUUACGAGACGAAGUCAUGGUUGAGGCGUUGGGAUGGCAUUUUGUUUUGCACAUCAAAACGGAGUUUUCUUUUGGGGGAAACUUGGGUUUCAUACAAAAGACGCGGUGCAUUAGUCCGGUAUACUUAGGUUCUACUGCCUUGGCAUAGCAAUUCACAUCAUUAAUAUGCGUCUGGGGAACACCGACACAAUGUGUACUCUGGGGGGGUACGAGUCCCAUCGCCCGAGCUGUCAACAUUGAUGUUAGUGGUGGUUCAAUGGUUCGUUUCUCUUCUGGUCUCAGCCCUCGUGACCGCUCUGGGCUGUCAUGACUUAGCACCCAACAUGCCGAUGUAUUGACACCUUUCUAAACAAUCUCGAUCAUAACGAGGCCACUCUAGUGUACAUGUGAGUUGGUCAAGAGCACUGGGAUAUUAAUCGUAACGCAGCUCAUCGUAGAAGCCAGUCAGACCCGUCCACAUUGUAAUUCGCGGCAGAUGGAACCAGAGCAGUGUAAGUUCUCUCUCCCCAGCAUCUCCUAUCUCCCCGCCCAAGCCUAUGUGACGAAAGAGCGAACAGACGAACCGAACAGAACUUUUGCCUCCUUUCUUGAAUGCUACAAACACGUCUAUUCAACACCAGCUGCCGCCACCCCGUGAUCGUC